UUAUAAGAAAAUAUAUUUUGUGCAGCAGAUCUUUACUACACUCGUCGCAGUGCGUUUCGAAAGUCACAGUGAAAAUGUUGAAAAAAAUUGGUUCAAAAAUGUUCAAACCUGAGUUAUGGGAAUCCAAUAAACCGAAUACUCCACUUGUGCGUGCGCUAAUGGAAGAAUACAAGGAUAAGUUCAAUUGGCGUGCCGAUGGUAGAGAUUCUCUAAUGGAUGUUGGUUGUGCCGGUGGAGGGCAUACCAUGGAAUUCGUUCUCCCGAUUUUGCCGAAAAAUUUCGAUCGUUUAAUCGGUAUCGAUAAUUCAUCGGAAAUGAUUGCUUACGCCCACAAAACAUAUUCGCGACCAAACAUCGAAUUCAAGACAUUCGAUAUCGUCGAAGGUGAUACGAAAAAACUGCCACAGGUUGAUCAUAUCGUAUCGUUAUACGUUUUCCAUUUGUUGUCUGAUCAUGAAAAGGCUGUGACCAACAUGUUCGAUGUGUUGAAGCCGGGCGGCGAUUGCUUCUUAGCGCAUCUACGAUACUUUGGUUUGUACACUGCAUAUGAGCUAAUCUCACGUGAUCCAAAGUGGUCGAAAUACAUAACCGAUGUGAAUGACGUGAUCAUACCAUCAUACUUUUCGAAAUGUCCCGAGUCUGAUUUGGAGCAGUUGCUAAAGAAAUGUGGCUUUAAGAGCGUAGAAGUAAGUUCUAGGGAAGCGAGCUUCGAGGUAGGAGAUUUUAAUGUUCUUAAAGAUCUUAUUAAAACGGUAGCGUCACUCUAUAAAGGAAUCCCACUAGCGCAACAUGAUGAUUUUACCAAUGACUUGACUCAUCAUGCAAUAGAUGCCUUCAAUUCAUUUUCAUACAACAAACAUUCGACUACAAGCAAAGUGUUUUUCCCAGGUGCGACUUUAGUUGCGUACUCUAAAAAGUAGAAAUGUAAAGAAAAAUCUGUGUUUCAGUGCUAUAAAC